AUGGGCAUAAGGAAUAUGACUCAUGUGUCUGACUUCAUCCUCAUAGGACUGACAGACUCUGAAGAGAUCCGGCUGGUUCUCUUCACCCUAUUUCUCUUGAUGUACCUGUUUACUGUGCUGGGCAAUGCAGGAAUGAUGUUGAUAAUCUGCCUGGAUCUCCAGCUUCACACACCCAUGUAUUUUUUCCUCAGUCACCUGUCAUUUCUUGACCUCAGUUUCUCAACUACCGUCACCCCUAAAACUUUAGACAACUUACUGACUUCCAACAAGCAUAUUUCAUACCUGAACUGCUUCAUCCAGAUGAAUUGUUUUGUCUUUGUGGGUGUCACUGAAUGUGUUCUUCUCUCCUCCAUGGCCUAUGAUCGCUAUGCAGCCAUCUGCAACCCUCUGCAUUACCCCGUCGUCAUGUCCACCAGACGCUGCUGCUCUCUUGUCUUUGGAUCCUUCUUGAUUGGCUUCAUGGACACCUUUGUCAAUGUGCUUUGCUUGAGCAAAUUGCAUUUCUGUGACUCCAAUGUAAUUUAUCACUUUUUCUGUGAUGCACCCCCAGUUUUAGCCCUGUCCUGCACAGACACACAUGAUAUUGAAAUCAUAAUAUCCAUUUUUGCUGGCUCCACCCUCGUGGUGUCUCUUAUCACAAUAGCUGUGUCCUAUGUGUCCAUCCUGUCCACUAUCCUGAAAAUUACUUCCACUUCAGGGAAGCAGAAAGCCUUCUCUACCUGCGCCUCCCAUCUCCUGUCAGUCACCAUCUUUUAUGGCACUACGAUUUUUACUUACGUAAAACCAAGUAAGUCCUACUCUUUGGGAAAGGAUCAAGUAGUUUCUGUUUUUUAUAGUAUUGUCAUCCCCAUGCUGAAUCCACUUAUAUACAGUCUUCGAAAUAAAGAAGUAAAAAAUGCUCUCAGCAGAGUCUUACCGAAGAGAAAAAGCUCGAAAAAAUUAAAGUAA